AUGACAAUCGAUGUACAAGAUAUCCAAAUCACAAGACAUCUAGAGCAGAUAGAGAGUAUUAAAACAGGAAUCCCUGCUCGUACAAUCGAAUCGUUGCAUGAUCUUAUCCAUCAAGACCUCCUGAAAGAUAUGUCUGAAAGCAUGCGGCAAUUGUACAAUCCACAAAGACAUGAUAUCUACCGCUUGGCAACCAAUAUCAAAGGAAAGUCUCCGAUGUAUUUGAGUCCAAUUGUGGAUACACGGCAAGCAGUUGAGGAUCUUCUUUCAAAGUGGUUUGAAUCUCGUACAACUGUUGGUGAAAAGGAGUACAUGGUUCAUUUGGUCAUAGAACGGACGAUUACACUGGACGAGGAUGUUAUUCCUGUUGAAGAGAAGAUCAAAGUCAAGAAGAAAAGAAAGAUCAAGAAAGAGAUCAAGGAUGAGAUCAAGGAUAAGAUUAAAGAGGAAAGAAUACCUUCCCCUAUUUAUCAAGCAGAUGAUGGUAUUGUACAAUCUUUUCUCUCUACACAAUCUGAGAGAUCCUCUGAGGCUGUACAAGAUUCUCGAAAACGUGCUGCAAGCGAAUCAUCUUCAAUAUUGGGUACAAUUCCCUAUCGGACAAGAAGAAGGCAUGUUAUUGAUGAGGAAGAUAUGAACCGAAUUCAGCAAGAAUAG